AUGGUAGCAAAUCGUAUGAAGCCUUUGUUAGAAGGCAUUAUUUCGGAGUCACAAAGUGCAUUUCUCCCAGGUAGGUUAAUCUCAGACAAUAUUUUAAUUGCCUCUGAGGUUGGCCAUUACUUGAGAAGGAAACAGCUAGGGCAGGUGAGGUGGGCCGCGUUAAAGCUUGAUAUGGCCAAGGCGUAUGAUAGGAUGGGGUGGUCUUUUGUGAGGGAUAUGCUAAUGGGUUUGGGUUUUGAUGCAAAAUGGGUUCAGUUGGUUAUGAUGUGUGCCCAAACGGUGCGGAUUCUCAGGCUAAGGGUCUUAUUCAUGGUUGCAGGGUGGCCCGGGGGGCACCGCCCAUUUCGCAUUUGUUUUUUUGCAGAUGACAGCCUGCUCUUCUUUAAAGCCAACCUGCAGGAAACAUUGGAGGUGAAGAAGUGUCUGAGUGUUUAUGAGUCUUUCUCUGGCCAGGCGGUUAAUUUUCAUAAGUCCAGUGUCUCUUUUAGCCGCAAUACACACGUAGGGACACGGGAACUCAUUUCGGGGUCCUUGGCAGUUACACAAGCUGAUGAUUUUGGGAAGUACCUAGGGUUGCCUUCUGUUGUUGGCAGGACCAGGAGGGCGGUUUUUGCUUAUGUUGAGCAAAAGCUGAGGCAGAGGUUUGGAUCAUGGAAUAAAAGGUUACUGUCCAAGGCAGGUAAGGAGGUUCUUUUGAAGAGUGUAGCACAAGCUAUGCCGACUUAUACUAUGAGUAUUUUCUUGCUCUCGGUUUCUUUAUGUGUUUCUUUGGAGAGGCUAAUGAACAGGUAUUGGUGGGGGCGGAAUAGUGAGGAUAGUGGCAUACAUUGGUUAGCCUGGGAUAGGAUGUGUAAACCUAAGAAGUUUGGAGGAAUGGGUUUUAAGCGUUUGCAUGAGUUUAACCUGGCCCUGUUGGGCAAGCAAGGAUGGCGGCUGCUUACUAACCCCGGCUCCUUAAUGGCUCGGGUUUUUAAGGCAAGGUACUUCCCGACUACUUCUUUUUAUGAGGCUAUUUUAGGGGGUAAUCCUAGUUACGUGUGGAGGAGCAUUAUGGCCAGUCAGGAUUUGUUAAAGUCCGGUUGCAGGCGUAGAAUUGGCAAUGGUAGAUCUACUCUAGUGAAUAAUGGCCAAUCAUUGUUAGUCUCGGAUCUGAUUGAUGCCCACACGGGUAGUUGGAAUGGAGAUUAUUUACAUCAGGUUUUUAAUUCGCGGGAUGCAAUGCUUAUAUCGCAGCUGCCUGUAAGUAUGGAUUAUGAGGAUAUGUGGUACUGGGAAGGGGAUUUAAGGGGAUGCUACUCGGUUAAGGAUGGUUAUAGGAGGUUGGGUUUUAUAAACUCACAGCCUUCUUCUGUGUGGAAUAAUGUCUGGAAGUUGCAGGUUCCCCCCAAGUGGAAGGUUUUUCUAUGGAGAGCCCUCUCGAAUAUAUUGCCCUCGCUUGAUAAUUUGAUAAAUAGGAGGGUGGAUCUAAUUAAUAUUUGCCCAUCAUGUGGAGUUUCAUGCAGUAGACGGAGGAGUGGCUUGGUGGUGCAACAGGUUUUACUUGUGAUAUACAAGGACAAAUUUGUGGUUUGCUCCAUGUCCUUUGGGCCGCUAGGAACUCGGCGGUUUGGGAGGGUAGCUUGCUGGCACCACAUUUGCUUAUUCGGCGUCAUGCGGCGUUCUGGACGUCUUGGAUGGAAUGCGAGCAGCGGCGGGUUGGUGCGUGCAGUAGGCACACCGCAGCAGCUUCUUCUCAGCCCCCCCCAUGCAGCAGCAACGUUCCAUUGUUACGUGGACGCAGGCUUCCACGGCUCACAUCACGCCGCUGCAUAUGGCUUUGUGGUUUUGGAUGGUGACUCCUCCUUUUUGGCGGCGGCAAAUGGACCUUUGGCGUGUCCGUAUGAUCCUCUUCUAGCGGAAGCAAUGGCGAUGAGUGAAGCCCUCUCUUGGUUGAAGGAUAACGGGUAUUCAGGUGGCAGAAUUUACACGGACUCAUUAGUUUUAGUUUCAGGUCUUAAUUAUGCUAGUUCGUUUCGCACUUAUUUUGGUUAUAUUCUAUUGUCUUGUAAUCGUUUAGUUAGUGCUUUGCCUGGAACAUUUGUUAGUUUUAUUAAUAGGGAUGCCAAUCAUGUGGCGCACUCCUUAUCUAAGCAUGUAACUGCGAUAGCAGGACCGAUCACUUUGGAGGGAUAUACCUCCGUCUUUUAUUGA